AUGGCCACGGUGUCUAUCGAUCAUAUUUUCGAGGCAUGUGACCUUGUGCAUAAGCCCACCCAAAUCUUGAUUAUCUGCCAGCGAUUUGCUAGCAUCAGGUCCCAUCGCCGGUACAGAAAGGCCUCACGACCCUGCUGCGACGGCAACGGGUGCGUUUCCGGGAGCCAGCAUGUGCUCAACCUCGCCUCGAUGACUCGCCGAUGGACCCCCACCUCCAGUUCCAAGACGGCAAAACAUGCCGCCAGUGUGGCUAUCACACCGUCAACAUCACCGUCCUGCGACGUCAUCUUCACAGGAGCAUCUGCAGCAGCAACAUGGUCCCAAAGCUCCUCACGGCGUUAUUGGACAGUGAUCCAUCAGGGACGAACCGUCCGAUCGGUGGCGCCGGACCGCACCGCGGAUGUCCACCUAGUUUCGAUCCACCAGCGAGAACGGCCCCGCCUUGACGAGGAGGCUGCCGAAGCCGCCGAGGCCGACUAG